CGCCCAGCCACCAAUAGUACUUGUGAUCAAUCGUAGGCGGCAAAUACAAUAACCAGCAGCACAGUUGGGGUGAAGGAGAUCGGAAAAUGCGCCGUGGAUAAUUGGGCCGGCAGCAGCCGCAAUCUCCGCCCAAAACAGCACCGCCAACGUCACUCAUCCCAAGCUCUCCCCGGCGCCCCCAACUUCAACUCCUUCCAACAUCGUCAAACAAUUUAUGACCAUGAACGUGUGCAAGAGAAUGUUGCCCGGCCUGCGCUCCGUCGCAACCAAGUCGGCAUUUGUCCCGGCGCGGAGCUUUUCGGUCUCUCCCUUCAUGAAGGAAGCGGCGCACACUCUGCCUACGAAGAAGCCCGUGGGCGCGUUUCGCGGAGGCCUGUUCGGAUUCCUUACUGGCGCGAUUGCUGCCAGUGCCGGAGUCUACUUCUAUGUCCUGGGCGAGUACAGGAUCGCGAACGAGAUGCUGACAGAAGAUAUCAUUGCUCUUCAAGGAGCUACACAAAAGCUGCAGACGUACAUUGGGGAGCUAGAAAGGAAGGUGGACCAGCUGCAGAAGAAGAAAUAGGCUUGAACAUUCUCAUUAAUGCUGAAUCUACUGCGCAAUUUCAUCUUCGGGUCUUAGCAUCAAUCAUGUUGUUUAGUUGCAACUGCAGGG